AUGAAGCAAAUCGAAGGGAUUUCACAUCUCCGUGCUGCGUUCUGGAUGGCAUUAAUUGCUGCAUUUGUGCGCAUUUGUAGUGGCGAUCUGAGCUAUUCCGUGCCAGAGGAGAUGAAGAAAGGAUCAGUUGUUGGAAAUAUUGCAAAGGACCUUGGUCUUAGUAUCAAAGGACUUUCCGAUCGCAAGGCUCGAAUAGAAAUAGAAAGAAAUGGCCGUCGUUUUUUUGAUCUACAGGGAGGUGAACUUGUUAUUGCAGAAAGAAUAGACCGCGAAGAGCUGUGCGGAUCAAAGCCGUCGUGCUCGUUAAAUUAUGAAUUAGUAUUGGAGAACCCUUUGGAAUUGCAUCGGAUUACCUUGCAGAUUGUGGACAUAAAUGACAAUGCACCUCGUUUCCCGAAGAAUGAGAUCAGACUGGAAAUCAGGGAAUCUGCCCAUAAAGGCGAGCGUUUCCCCUUGGAUGAGGCGCACGAUUCGGAUGUAAGAGCAAACGGAAUUCAAAGCUACUCAUUAGAGAGGAACGAACAUUUUACCCUUGAUGUGCAGUCUAAUUCGGAUGGAGGUAAAUAUGGCGAAUUGGUUUUGGACAAAGAACUUGAUCGGGAAAAGCAGCAAGAGGUAACUUUGUUGCUGACAGCCAGUGAUGGAGGAUCUCCACGUAAAUCAGGCACAACAGUUAUUCAUGUUAUUGUCCUUGAUGCAAACGAUAAUCGACCAGUAUUUAGCCAAAAUGUUUACAAAGCCAAUCUCCCUGAAAAUUCACCCUUAGGAACAGUGGUAGUUAGUGUAAGUGCCGCCGAUGCAGAUGAAGGAGCAAAUGGAGAGGUGACUUAUGAAUUCAGUCGGAUAUCUGACAAAGCAGCCAGACUGUUCUCUAUUGAUGAAGUGACUGGAGAGAUCAAAGUGAGUGGCCCAAUAGACUUUGAGGAUAAAUAUGAGUAUGAGCUGAGAGUUCAGGCAAAGGAUGGUGCAGGGCUGGCAUCUAAUGCCAGAGUUAAUAUAGAGAUUACAGAUGUAAAUGAUAAUGCACCUGAGAUACAUAUCAAAUCACUUAAUGUGCCUAUCCCUGAAAAUACAGCACCUGGCACAGAGGUGGGGAUUAUUAAUGUGCAGGAUAAAGAUAAUGAGGGAAACCGACAGGUCCGUUGCUCCAUUCAGCAGAAUGCUCCCUUCAAAUUAAACCCCUCAAUUAAAAACUAUUACACUCUAGUUACGACAGAAGAACUAGACCGUGAACUUAUAGGAGAAUACAAUGUAACAAUUACAGCUGUUGAUGAAGGCUCACCACCAUUGUCUUCCUCCAAGACAAUCCAUCUCUCAGUGUCUGAUGUGAAUGAUAAUCCCCCUGUAUUUGAGGAACAGUCCUACAGUGCAUAUGUGACUGAGAAUAACAAGUCUGGCUCCUCUGUCUGUUCUGUUACUGCGAGAGACCCAGACUGGAGACAGAAUGGCACAGUGUUCUACUCUCUGUUGCCCAGUGAGGUCAAUGGUGUUCCGGUCUCCUCAUAUGUAUCCAUUAAUGGAGACACAGGGGUGAUCCAUGCUGUGAGGCCCUUUGACUACGAGCAGUUCAGAAGCUUCAAAGUUCAGGUUGUAGCCAGAGACAAUGGUUCUCCUCCACUCAGCAGCAACGUGACUGUGAGUGUGUUCAUAACAGAUGAGAAUGAUAACUCUCCUCAGAUAUUGUACCCUACUCCAGAAGGAAACUCCUUCAUGACUGAGAUGGUUCCUAAAGCUGCUCUUUCUGGCUCGCUGGUCUCCAAAGUGAUCGCUGUUGAUGCUGACUCUGGACAGAACGCGUGGCUGUCUUAUCAGAUCGUGAAGUCGACUGAUCCGGGACUUUUCACUAUUGGUCUUCACAGUGGAGAGAUCAGGGCUCAGAGGGACAUUUCUGAAUCUGACAGCAUGAAGCAGAACCUUGUGAUCUCAGUGAAAGAUAAUGGACAGCCCUCUCUCUCUACAACCUGUGCCGUAUAUUUACUUAUCUCUGAUAACUUGGCUGAAGUUCCUGAACUGAAAGACAUGUCUUAUGAGGAGAGCAACUCUAAACUCACAUCUUAUCUGAUCAUUGCUCUGGUCUCUGUGUCUACAUUUUUUCUCACUUUCAUCAUUCUCAUUGUGGCCAUACGGAUUUGCCACAGGAGAAAGCCCAGACUGUUGUUUGAUGGAGCAGUAGCCAUUCCCAGUGCAUAUUUACCUCCCAACUAUGCAGAUGUUGAUGGAACUGGAACUCUCCGUAGUGCUUACAACUAUGACGCCUAUAUGACCACAGGGUCACGUACCAGUGACUUCAAGUUUGUUACGUCCUACAAUGACAACACUCUGCCUUCUGGCACCACUCUGAAGCGGAGUCCAGGAGACAACAGUGACUGCCUUGACUUUUUUGAGGAGGCAUCAAAGUGCUCCACUCUGGUAAUACAUUGA